UAUCUCAGAUUUAUGGUGUUUGCAAGAGGUUAAGAAAAUCCCUCCGCGGGGGAUUGACAGAAAUGCAACACUUGUUGAAGAAGUUGGACGGUGACAAGUAUGUCCACUUUGAAAGACAUGAGCCUGGAUCGGAAGUCAUUAGGGAUGUAUUUUGGGCUCAUCCAAAUGCUAUCAAACUGUUCAACACAUUUCCAUAUGUAGUGAUUAUGGAUUGCACAUACAAGACAAACAAAUAUGCAAUUCCCUUGCUUGAGAUUGUUGGACUGACUUCCACAGAUAAGACAUACUCCAUAGCCUUUUGCUACAUUGUUAAUGAGGGCACAGAUGACUACGUUUGGGCACUGGAGUGUAUGAAGUCUCUAUUAGCUGAUCAAGCCAUGUUGCCUAAGGUGAUUGUUACUGACAGGGAUCUUGCCUUAUUGAGUGCUGCUAAGCAAAGCCUUCCUAACACUACACAUUUAUUAUGCUUGUGGCACAUCAACAAGUGUGUUUUGGCAAAGUGCAAACUCUAUGUUGGCACAGAUGAUUUUGCUGAGUUGGUUAUGAUGAAGUGGGCAGAGGUGGUGGAUGCUGCAACAGUUGAAGAAUUUGAAGUGAAAUGGAUGCAAUUGUUUAAUAUGUGCAAGGCAAAAUACAGCAACUUUACCUCCUAUUGUUCUACUACAUGGUUGGUUCACAAGGAGAAAUUCGCCAAGGCAUGGACAAAUCAUGUGAUGCACUUUGGAACAACAACAAGUAACAGGGCUGAGGGUGCACAUGCCAGUUUGAAGAAGAUGUUACGGGAUUGCAAGGGUGACCUGGCCACUUCAUGGGAUGCGUCGCAUAGUUUGACAUGUAAUCGACAUACUGAAAUAUUAGCAUCGUUUGAGCGCAGUAUUCACAGAAUUGAUCACAUUUUCAUGUUCCCAUUUUACACAAAUAUUAGAGGAUUUGUGUCAAACAAAUGCCUGCAGCUCAUCGACGAUGAACAUAUAAGAAUGAAGUCCUACGGCGGAUGCGAUUGCUUGUUGAGAGAGACUCAUGGACUACCUUGCGGUUGUGAACUUGCAGGUUAUGAAAGAAUUCCAUAUGAGUCAAUUCAUCCAUUCUGGAAGAGACUGAGUUGGGAGCAUGUACCUGAACCUGUUGCAGAUACUACCAGCAACCAUAUUUGCGGCAUGAACCAUGGAGAUAUGCAACCAGAAGUUGAGGCAUUGACACAUUAUUUCAGUUCUUUGGAUACUGGAGGGCAGAGUAUGGUAAGGAGGAAGCUUCAAGCGAUCUAUUGUCCUGAAAGCAGUUCACUUUGUACUCCUGCGGUUAAGAUAAGGUCUAAGCGCACUCUUAAGGCGAAUGAGAAAAUACCACCUAAGAAUAAAGCAAUAGGAUCCUUGACUCGUGAUCUUUCAGGUUUUGAACAUGUUGAUAGGGAGAUCAGAGAGGCAAAGAAGGUUUCACAACCACCAAAGAAGAAGAAGCGUGUGAAGAAGUCUGAUACAAGCUAUUUCAUGGGUCAUUUUCCAGCCUUUUUCCACCCAUAUAUACAAACAGUUCAGAAUGUUGAGGAUGAUGGUAACUGUGGCUAUAGAGCCGUUGCUGCAUUACUCGGACUACCAUCAGGUGAGGAAAGUUGGUCAUGGGUUAGGGCAGCGUUGAUAGAAGAACUUGAACGACACAGAGGGUUGUAUGAUGAAAUGUGGUCCAGACAUGUGGUUAAUGCCUUACAUUCCCGACUCACUCUUCCUCCUGGUGAUCCGGCUACCGAGGAUAAAUGGAUGCAACUGCCAGAGAUGGGAUACCUUGUAGCAACCAGGUUCCAAGUGGUUUUCAUAUCCAUCUCCUCUACGGGUUGUUGGUCAUACCUUCCACUAAGAGAAGAAGGUCCACCGGAUGUACAUCCUGUUAUAGCUGUUGGUCAUGUGAUUAAUCACUUUGUACAGUUAUACGGGUUUUUUUCAAUACAAGAGUCGGCAUAUAAUGAGUGA